GGUAUCGCUCAGACUUGAUCAAUACGUACUUAGGUAGGUAAACUUUGGGAAGCUUCGAUCUCAACCGUGAUGUCAUGGUCUGUUGGUGAUUAGGAAGGAGAACAUGGAUUGUGACACCUGGACGUGACCAGGAACCAAAACAAAUGGUGUGACCAAUUGCAGGUCCUAAAAUGGCAAGUGGAGGUCAAGUCAUGCCAUCACGACCAGACCUCAGCAUGGAUCACACUAGGGAUGACGAGCUAGGAAUUCAGGGAAAGGGGAUGGCAUCCAGGGUACCGGAGAUCGAGAUCACUACACACACCCUGUCUCCUCAGAGCUCACUGUCCACUCCAAUAUCGACCUCCCGUCCGUCGACUGGGGAGAUGACUGACCCCGGGGAGCCACUGGGUGCUUUCAAUGUCCCUCCUGAGGCCAUAGGCGUGCUGGAGACGGUUAUAAACCUCAACAAGACACUCGAACACCAAAUUGAGACGUUGAGAAUUCGAAUAGACGUCGAGUCUAAGCAGCACGAGCAAGAGAAGAAGAAAAUGCUGACGGAGAAAGAGAGGGCGCUUCGGGAAAAAGAGGCGGAGAUUGCCGAGCUGCGAGGUUCCGUAACCAAUCGGGAGGAGAGAAUUGAUGUCCUUAUACAGGAAAAGGACGAUCAGGAUCAACAAAUCUCUGAUAAAAUGGACGAGAUUAACGGACUACGUGAUCUCGUACAGCAGACGGAGGAUUAUGCUGAUAAACUUUCCAAGAAAGUCAGCAAACUGAAGGACGUUAAAAGGCAUCUGGAAUCCGAUACAGUAUAUAAACACCAAAAUGAAGAAAUACGAAAGCUCAAACACGAACUUGUAACAAUGAAAGAUAGACUAAAUUCUAUGGAAACAGAAUUGAUGCGCGCUAGAAAUGUUAUAGAACAACAAAGUAAGAAGAUCAAGAUAAUGGAAUUCGAAAAAAGUGAAAUGAACAUGAAAUUUCGAGACGAUUUGGAGAAAGCCUCGCGAGCGAUGCGACAGGAAGUGGAGCGUAUGCGUGAAGUGAUGAAACAACAGUACGAGGAGAUGAGGAAUCUCCGAGAACAGAACAAAGAAAUAUCUAACGACGUCAGAGACAUUAAGGACAUUUUGUUGAGCAACAGGCCACCUGCGCAUGAGCACGUAGCCACCCGAAGCAGUCAUAGAGAACAGCUGGAUGUGAACCAGUUCCCUAAGCCCAAGCAAGGUUCACAGACAGCAAGGUUCAGUAAUGUGAACGCAGGUCCUGGCACACUGAAGCCUCCGACAAGGGCGUCUGUCCCGAACAGUGUCAAGUCCUCCCAACAGGCUCUUCCCGCGAUAUCCAAGGACAAAACAUGGAUACCUUCCGGUCAAAGACGUUCAAUAAAUGCAUUAUCUGCGCGCAAUAAACGGAAGUAACGUUUGUAUUUGCUUUUUUGUGCAAAAUCUUCCGGAAGUUAAAUGCUUCAGUGCUGUGUAUAGGAAACAUGAAUCGUUUCCGGUCAGAGACGUUCAAUAAAGGCACAAUAAACGGAAGGGAUGAUUGUCGUCGGAUUUGGUGUAAAAUCUUCCGUAUGUUAAUCUUUUCCGGUGCUGUUUAUAGCUUCAAACCGAAAUGAUUGCGAAACGUCUGACUUGUUUAAAGAUCACCAUUAGCGUCUAGUUCCCAAGGGAUUUAACUGAAGUCAGCACUAAGUUACUUUUUUGAAGCUUUGAAGAGCUACUGCCUUGCUGUUAUAGUUAUGAGAAUCGAUGUACCAUAAAUUAACGCAAGAUUACACCAAUUGGAUUUUUAAACGCAGAAAGUUUGUGAUUGGAGGAGAAUGCUGGUUAAGUAUAGAUGAUGUAGACGUUUGAACAGUAGCUGUUUUACCAUAGAAGUGCCGAGUAUCCUGUGCCAAGAGUCUGAGUGAUACCGAUUUAGUGUGUACAGCUUGGUUCCGGUCACUAAGAAAAACGUUUUGGAACGUUUAAAAACGGUCUUAUUUUAUAACCCAGAUUCAAAAUACAAGUACUGUUAUUCAUUUUAUAUAGUAAAAUUUUCAAUAUAACUCAGGGGGGCAAACUUACUGUUUACUUAUAUAGCUAAAGGUUCUAUGAUAUUGGCAUACGUACGCACCGUUUUCAAAAGUUCAAUAGUGUUUUCCUUACUGAACGGCAGCCCUAUACAAUAUUUUAGAUAAUCAUAAAUAUGUCUGAUUAUAGAAGAUGAGAACGAGAUUUCUGUGAUAGAAGUGUGACUGGAUACAUUUUCUGUGAUAGUUACACCAGGUAUGAAUUUAUAUGAAUGUAUUAAUAAUAUAAUUUUAUUUCUUGUUUUUAUUUUCUUAUAUGUAAACAAGUACAGCAAUUGAAUAACAUGUUGAAUAUUCCUCUCGUAACGUUUCAUCAAAUGUCUGGGUCUACCGCUUACCAUACGACGUCACUAUAUGUAGCUCUCUGUGUUGUUCCUUUCCUCGGUCGAUAUCACUCUAUCAGGUUCAUAUAACAUCGUAUCGACCUCGACAAAAGUCAAUAGUUGAUCAAUAUUAUUGAAACAGGAAAGAGAAUAGUGUGCUUCCACCGGGGAUCGAACUUGCGAUCCCUAUGUUCUUAGCCGGACGCUCUACCACUGAGCUAAAGGGAAAUUCCCUCUAGCUCAAAGCUAGAAGGUGACCUUAAUCAUCAUUCAUUUGCAUCAAGACAUUGUCUGAUUUUUAUUCAUUUACAGAUAUCGUCUUAAAACCAUCUUUAACUAAGCUGUUGCUCGUAUGCUGAAAACUAUUAUUUCAAUGCUGGUUAUAACACACACGCUAGAAUCAAGUGAAUAAAUAAAUAAAUUUCAACAGUUAAAUAUGUUAUAGAGAUUUUGAAUGACGAGCUAACUUAACUUUAAAAGCUUAAGAAAAAGAUAUCUCUGUUAAUUGAGGAAAUAUUUUACCGGGUACAAACACUCGAUACAUCAUAUAUAAUCAUAAUUAUGUCUUUAAUUCGGUUAGAAAUAUCUUAAAUUCAUUUUAACAUAUUCUAUUACAUUAAAAAAACUCUUAUACAGCCCUCCCCUUUUUUAAUGUUAACUUUGCUUGCCACAGUUUUAAUUUCGCCGAUAUUUUAUUUUUGUUUAAAAUAAUUUUGUUCCUUUUAAGUAUCAGCUAGUUGUUAUGAUUACGGUAUGUUACAAGUCCUAAUUAAUCAAUUGCUUACCGUUUCGAUCAAUCGAGCCCUUCAUAUCAAUCGCUGUACUGACUGUGCAGUUAUUUCAGGGGAUGCUGUGUCGUUUGAUCUGCUGGCGUAUUAUUGGUUACAGUUUCAAACGUUUUAGACAAUUCCACGCUAUAACAAAAUGUUAAAUUGCUAUACGUUUUAUUUGUUGAUAUUUGUUUCAUGUGACAGAGUUUGUUUCCGACGUUUACUGACGCAUGAACAGUCCCGAUACUUGUGUAGAUUGUGGAGUUAAACCGGCUAUGUGAGCCGUCUUUUAUCUCCAUCCGCGUAUAUGGUUUCCUAAUAUUAAGUAAAUGGCAUUUCGAUAAAGGAUGUUGCCGACUCUUGUUUUGUAUAAUUACGCUAGAGGUUAGACAAGUUUUGUUAAAUUGAUCUCAACAAACAACCUGUGAUCGAAGGUCUGCGUGUAGUUUUGAGUGGUUGUCAUGUGUUUAAAUAUAAUAUAUUCAUGGACUGGUAUUGUUAUAAUUAUAUAUAUACAAUCUAUGUAUGAAUAUUACAAAAUCAAAGUACAUACCGAUUUUUUUCUUCUUUAUUACACAUUUAGCACAUUUAGUAGGUUAAUGAGAUACGUGGAAUUUGUGAGCAUUUCACUUACAUGCAUAAUGUUAAUGAAAUAAAAUAAAAAUACUACAGGGGCCAAAAAUGAAACAAUAAGGAGAGUUGGUUUACAAUAAGGCCCCUGGUAACAGCAUGAUACGAACGUUAACAUCUUCGAAAUCAGAGAGCUACACCCGCAUAUACAUAUAUAUGAAAUAUGUAACAGAAAUGUUUGGUAUCCGAACAAUCUUAAUUCAGUACAUAUCUGUUACUUAUUUGAUUUGUUUAAAAUCUUGUUUUACAUGAAAACUUAUUACUUAUAAAGACUAACUUAUCAUUUCCUUAUUUGGUGCUGACCUCAUAAGAGUCAUAUAUGUAUGUAAAAGAUUUCCUCAUUUAUAUUAUUUUGUACAAUAAAUGAAUUGUGCAUAACACAAAGUUAGCGGUUUUCUGUUAUACAAGGGAGGUAACUCUUGGCACCGUGACAACUUUGAAUGUUUUCAUCGAUCCAAAAUAUAUUCGUACCCAGACUCGAUUGGUAGUAAAACAGGA